UGGAACAAUCUACCAGCUUCAGGAAAUUUCACUGCAGCAGAGCGAAAACUUACUCAAUGGGUUCAAGGGUAUAGUGCUACACUUUUAAACAAUGAAUCUAUACUGUUCAUUGGAGGUCAACCAGGUGGUGAUCCUAGUACACUUUCCUAUCCUUUAUUGGAUAAGUUAUCAAUGUAUAAUAUAAAUAAUGAUACUUGGAUUACAGUU